CUCACGUUCCACCUUCCCAACCUUCGAGUGGCCAAGGGAGGUCAGUCCAGAAGCGGGGACUCUGCUCAUCUGCCCCAGGGCAUAGUGGGAGGGACAUCCGUGGGCUCCGCGGGUGAGGUGAGGACCAGCGCGGUGGGGAGGCGUGGAUUUAUGAUGGGGGGAGUUCAGAACAGGCAGAGGCGCCCACACCUCCAGCUUCCAGCCCAGGCGAAGAAAUUGCCUUACAUUCCCGUCCGCACCUGAUUGACAGGAGGGGGAUGUCGCGGCCCAGGAGGCGGGUGUGGGCGUGUAGAGGCGGAGACAGAACCCAAACCGCACGCCAGGCGGGUCAGGGUUUGCUCUCCUAGACGGUUGGGGUCUAGGUCUGGUGCCAUCUACCCAGCCAGGCUGGCCGUGGCUCCGCAGAGCCGGACGCCCAGAGCUAGGAGAGGAUCACGGAGCGUCCCCCGCUGGGGCUGCCGCCUGCAAAGAGGGGGCAGGGCAGCCCGGAGCCCCGUGCGCCACUUCCCCGGCAGCUUCGGCCGCGGCUGGGACUGGCUCGCGGUUCCCUCGCCGCUCUGCGCGGAGGUCCGCCUCCCCCUCCCUCCGCCUUCCCGCGAGCUGCCUCCGCCUCCUUCUUCUGCCUCCACCCUCCACCCCAUCCCCGUCUGUCGGGAGCCGGGCUCUGAGCCCUCAGUCUGCCCGAGCUGUGGAUGUGGGCGCCAGACAAGUCCACGGCACCUCCUCCCAAGAUGGACAGCCGCUACACCAGCACUGCGGGCAUCGGGGACUUGAACCAGCUGAGCGCGGCCAUCCCGGCCACGCGGGUGGAGGUGUCCGUGUCCUGCAGAAAUCUUCUCGACAGAGACACAUUUUCGAAAUCUGAUCCAAUUUGUGUCUUAUAUGUACAAGGAGUUGGAAAUAAAGAGUGGAGAGAGUUUGGAAGGACUGAAGUAAUUGAUAAUACUUUAAAUCCUGACUUUGUAAGAAAAUUUAUUCUGGACUACUUUUUUGAAGAAAGAGAGAAUCUUCGUUUUGACUUGUAUGAUGUUGAUUCAAAGAGUCCCAACUUGUCCAAACAUGACUUUCUGGGACAAGUGUUUUGUACAUUGGGGGAGAUUGUUGGUUCACAGGGAAGUCGCCUGGAAAAGCCGAUAGUAGGAAUUCCAGGGAAGAAAUGUGGUACAAUCAUACUUACAGCAGAGGAAUUAAACUGUUGCAGGGAUGCUGUUCUGAUGCAAUUUUGUGCAAACAAAUUGGACAAGAAAGAUUUCUUUGGAAAAUCAGAUCCUUUUCUUGUAUUUUAUCGAAGUAAUGAAGAUGGCAGUUUUACAAUUUGUCAUAAAACAGAAGUUGUCAAAAACACUCUAAAUCCUGUAUGGCAAGCAUUCAAGAUCUCAGUCAGAGCAUUGUGUAAUGGUGAUUAUGACAGAACAAUCAAAGUGGAGGUGUACGACUGGGAUCGAGAUGGGAGUCAUGAUUUCAUUGGAGAAUUUACAACAAGCUACAGGGAACUUUCUAGAGGGCAAUCACAAUUCAAUGUAUAUGAGGUGGUGAAUCCCAAAAAGAAAGGAAAAAAGAAAAAAUAUAUUAAUUCGGGAACAGUAACCUUACUCUCUUUUUUGGUAGAAACAGAAGUUUCAUUCCUUGACUAUAUUAAGGGAGGAACGCAAAUCAAUUUCACGGUGGCUAUUGAUUUUACAGCAUCGAAUGGCAAUCCUGCCCAGCCCACUUCUCUCCACUACAUGAAUCCUUACCAACUGAAUGCCUAUGGUAUGGCGCUGAAAGCGGUGGGAGAAAUCGUUCAAGAUUAUGACAGUGAUAAAAUGUUCCCAGCUUUAGGUUUUGGUGCAAAACUGCCUCCAGAUGGAAGGAUAUCUCAUGAGUUUGCUUUGAAUGGGAACCCUCAAAACCCCUACUGUGAUGGCAUUGAGGGGGUCAUGGAGGCUUAUUAUAGGAGUCUGAAAUCCGUGCAACUGUAUGGGCCAACCAACUUUGCUCCUGUAAUUAAUCAUGUAGCAAGAUAUGCCUCUUCCGUAAAGGAUGGCUCCCAGUAUUUUGUGCUCCUGAUUGUGACGGAUGGUGUUAUCUCGGAUAUGGCUCAAACCAAGGAGUCCAUAGUUAACGCUUCAAAACUUCCAAUGUCAAUAAUUAUAGUAGGUGUUGGCCCAGCAGAAUUUGAUGCAAUGAUCGAAUUGGAUGGAGAUGAUGUAAGAGUUUCCUCCAGAGGAAAAUAUGCUGAAAGGGACAUUGUGCAGUUCGUGCCGUUCAGGGAUUAUAUUGACAGAAGCGGAAACCACAUCCUGAGCAUGGCUAGAUUGGCUAAAGAUGUCCUCGCUGAGAUCCCUGAGCAGUUUCUCUCCUACAUGAGGGCCCGAGGAAUCAAGCCAUCACCCGCACCUCCGCCGUACACCCCGCCUACACAUGUGUUACAGACUCAAAUAUGACUGUGCUCCGAAAUGCUAAUGUUAACUACACAUCUCUUAUAACUGCUGAGUCUUCUUUGCUCCUGGUGCUCUGUCAUGAACCAGGGAAUGAGAAACUUUUCUCGGUUGGGUUUCAGCAGUACUGGUUAAUAUGCUUUCUUGGAUCCAAAAUUAAUUCUCCUCCUAAACCAAAACUGUAAAUAUGGUUGUUGCAUGGGCAACAGAAAAGUUGUUUAAAUGCUUGAAGCAAAAUAUGGAUGUCUUCUCUGAAUCUUUAACUUUUUUUUUUUUGGACAGAAACAGCUAAUUUCCAAUGUAUUGUUGGGAAAAAGCACAAACUAUGUUUUUAACUCAAAUAUUGUCCUCGACUGCUGUGUAUAUAGGAAGGCAGUCUGUUUAUCAAUGUUUACAUGUUACUACUUUUUAAAUUUCAAUACUUUUAUAAAUGUUCUUAAGAAUAAGAGUUUUGAAUAUUGAAUCCUAUGUCUUCUAAAUUGCAAUAGCUAUCAUCACAAGAGCAAUAUCUCUUUGAAUGACUGUCUGGACAAAUACCAUUGCAAACAAGGGAAAGGAAAGAUGCUUUCAUAUUUCUCAGUAAGUGAAUUGUCUUACAAAGCUCCAUCUGCUUAGGAAUCAGUUUCUCUGCACUGUUUGCCAAGUAUGGGAGUUUAAGCUGAGCAGAUGUGGAUCCUGUAAGAACAUGCAUCUUUCAUGGUGUUUGGGUUCUAAAUUUAGACUGCAGUCAGUUUAUGUUUUGUAAUGCUAAGUAGAAAUAAUAAAAAGUCAAACAUCGUGAACUGUAAAUGCACAGAAAAUACUUUGUGUAAAAAGUAGCGUCUUUAUAUUAUAAUGCUAUUUAGAAAGACUAAAACCCAGAAUAUUUAACUGUGAACUAUGUAGCAGAAGUUUUCAACUUUUUAUUCCAUUCUGCCUUGUCUAGAUAUUUUAAUUCAAAGGGAUACUGGCUCUCUUGAUUUGGAUUCCUUGUAAUCGCCUUUCCACAUUGCCACGCAGGGUGCACAGGCUGGAAGUUUUUGUGAAAUUCCCAGUUAAAUACACAACCAUGUGACUUAGUGCACAACACAUUUGUGAAAUGAUCUACUCCUCUAUCCUGAUCUGCCUGUCCACAAUUAAUUGUAAAGAGUUUUUGCAUGUACAGUUUUUACAAGAAUUACAGUUUUGUGACAUUGUGUCUAAACUUAAGCAUUUCUUUAGAACAAAUGGCCUUAAAUUCUCACAGAAUUCCUGGAAAUGAUUGUGAAUUGCCUUCAAAUAAUAGAAAAGUGUAUUUAUUUUUUUCUUUUGUGUCAACAAUGUAACUGCUUUAUAAUAUUUUUCCUUACUUAUACCCUAUUUACUACUUGAUUUAUUUCUACUGUAUGUUGUUCUCUUUGUCCCAAGUUGACUUAGGGUGACUUUUAUAAGCAUGAAACUAUUUUACUGAAAAGAAAAAUAUAUACAUCCACAUAUCUAACAGUAUCAAUGUUAUAUAAUUAUGUAAUAUUAAAUUGUCCAUUUUUAAGUAUGUAUUAAAAUCUUUAAAAAGGAUAA